AACAAGUACCAAAAAUAGCACCUCCUCUUGUUCAGCACCCAAAGGACGAAAGUGCGAGAUUCGCCUGUGUUGUCUAUUAUAACCAAUUCUUACUGUCCAUAUUUGUGUAGAAACGUACUGAACAGUUUUUUUUUUUUGAUGUGAGAAACCUAUUUGGUGUCAAACAUGCGUAAAAACCUACGCCAUCCAAGCAGGGAACCGCCGAGAAAGGAAUUAUCGCCGCUCAUCUGAGGCCAAACUCGCAUAUUUUGUUUUGUCAAGUAAGGAAACAAAACAAUAUAUCACCACGACGAUACCCACUAGUCAGGGACCUAAAAAACAUCUACAUUCGUUUUACAGUUGGAAACCAGUUUGAAGGUAUGGGGGCAUUCCUGGACAAGCCUAAGACAGAGAAGCAUACGGCCCAUGGUGAGGGUAAUGGGCUGCAUUACGGCCUGAGCUCCAUGCAGGGCUGGCGGGUGGAGAUGGAGGAUGCCCACACCGCCAUGGUGGGCCUGCCCCACGGCCUCACCGACUGGUCCUUCUUCGCCGUCUACGACGGGCAUGCCGGCUCCCGCGUCGCCAAUUACUGCUCCGCCCACCUACUGGAGCACAUCCUAUCAGGGGGGGCGGAGUUCACCCCGGGGACGGGCUCAGUGGAGGGUGUAAAGGAUGGGAUCCGCACGGGCUUCCUGAAGAUCGACGAAUACAUGCGCAGCUUCACGGACCUGCGACAAGGGCUGGACCGCAGCGGCUCCACGGCGGUGGGUGUGCUGCUAAGCCCUUUCCACCUCUACUUCAUAAACUGUGGCGACUCCCGGGCCGUGCUGAGCCGAGAUGGACGAGUUGGAUUCUCUACACAGGACCACAAGCCGUGCAACCCCAGAGAGAAGGAGCGUAUCCAGAACGCAGGGGGGUCAGUGAUGAUCCAGAGGGUCAACGGUUCCCUAGCCGUGUCCAGAGCCCUGGGGGACUAUGACUACAAGUGUGUGGAUGGGAAGGGUCCCACAGAACAACUGGUCAGCCCAGAGCCAGAGGUGUGUGUGUUGGAGCGUGCUGCGGAGGGGGAUGAGUUUGUGGUGCUGGCGUGCGACGGGAUCUGGGACGUGAUGUCCAACGAGGAGCUGUGCGAGUUCGUCAGGUCCCGGCUACAAGUGUUUGACGACCUGGAAAGAGUCUGCACUGCCGUGGUGGACACCUGUCUGCACAAGGGCAGCAGAGAUAACAUGAGUGUGGUGUUGGUGACUUUACCGGGAGCUCCCAAGGUGUCUGAGGAAGCCCUGAAGAGAGAGGAGGACCUGGACAAAUACCUGGAGACACGUGUAGAGGAUUUGCUGGGUAGCUGUGGAGAGGAGGGGGUUCCUGACCUGGUGUCUGUUCUGAGGAACAUCGCCUCUGAGAACAUCCCCAACCUUCCACCUGGAGGAGGCCUGGCCUGCAAGCGCAGUGUGAUCGAGGCGGUGUACAGCAGGCUGAACCCACAAAGAGAAGAGGAAGGGGCCUGUGUUGGAGGUGGAGGAGAGGAGGAGAGUGAGGAGGGAGGAGGCAGCAGUACGGCGACCAACCUCUUGGAGGCGCUGCGUCAGUUCCGCCUGCACCACCGGGGGCAGUAUCGCUCGGUGCUGGAGGAAGCCCUGGCAGUCUACCGUCUGCCUGGGGAGAAUACAGCCGACAUGGGAGAGGAAUCCUCCUCUUUUACCGCUGACGACCUCCCUGACUCCCCCCGGCCCUCACCCCCCUCUCCCCCUCCCUCACCCGUCGUCAUCGAGACGCCCUCAUCCCCGGAGACAGAGAAAAGCAAAGACACGCCCUCUCCAAACAUCGACCAACAACCACCUCCGGCUGCAGACAUCGACCAACCUGAACCUCCAGCGGUAGACACUGACCAACCUGAACCUCCGGCGGCAGACCUCGUCCCACUAUAUCCUCCAGCUGCUGAGCUUCGCCAACCAGAUCCACCCCCCUCCUAAUUCACCUCUGAUCUCUGUUGUUGUUGUUGACCCCCCCCCCCCCAAAUCUAGUCUAGUCCAUGCGUGCUCUCACAGCGUCUAGUCCAUCCGUGCUCUCACAAACGCCAUAAUGGGUAGAUAUAAAGAUGAGUGGUCUAAGUCAAUGGACCGAUCAUGUCUGGACCUCUACCUGACAGAGAGAGAAGGCCGACUGGACUGUCCAUAUAAAAACACAAGUUCCCAUAAACCACCUAUACCUGUUCUCACAGUACCCACACACAACACACUCACUCUCUGUGUGUCUCUGUGUGUCUGUGUGUCUCUGUUUGCCUGUCUCUGUCUCUCUGCGUCUGCCUGCGUGUCUCUCUGUCCGUCCGAGAGAGAGAGAGACGGGUCUUAGCAGCCAGCUGAGGUGUGUGUGUGUGUGUGUGUGUGUUUGUUUGGUAGAAUUUGUUAAGGUGUGUGUCCACUACAGUACUGUAACUACUUCAAAAUUCUGGAACAGUAUACAAAGUUCUAAAAAGUUCAAAAUACCAAAGUAAAAAAAGUGUGUGUGUCAUUGUAUUGCUAAAGACUGAGUUGUAUUUCUCUCUGAUGAAUGGUGGCACUUACUGUAUGCAACAAGACACAAUUGUGUGUGUGUGUGUGUGUGUGUGUGUGUGUGUGUGCUGAAUCUGUUCCAUACAGCAAUAUGUGAAUGAAUAAAAUAAUCAAUAAAAGUGAUUUGAAUUAAUAAUAA